UUGUUGGCUCUCUUUUUUUUUGCUCCCCCUCGCCUUUAUAAAACGAGAAGUUCGCGUAAAAGUAAACACAGAUGGAGAAGGCUAGCCGGCUCGCUGUGUCACAGAGAGUUCCAUUAAACCUGCGUGACAACUCGCAUUCUGUCCCUUUGUGACCAGUUUUCAUCGGCAGAAUGCCCGCUCUCUGCGUACUUUGCUUCGCCGCGACGCUGGCUGCGCUCGCCCGGCUCGCCGACACCGUGGGGCCGGUGGUCCGGUGCGAGCCGUGCGACGCAGGGGCGCUGCUGCAGUGCAAGCCCCUGCCCAAGGACUGCGCGGAGCGGAUGAGAGAGCCCGGCUGCGGCUGCUGCAUGACGUGCGCCCUCGGCGAGGGACAUGCGUGUGGAGUGUACACGGCGCGCUGCGGCUCCGGCUUGAGCUGCCAACACCAGCCCGGGGAGAGCCGACCUCUGCAGGCGCUGCUGGAGGGGCGAGGAGUGUGCACCCCUGCCGCGUCCAAACGACUCAACAGCAUUCUCAUACCGACGCAAAAACAAGAGAACGGUGGUGGAAAUCAGGUCGACAGCAGUGCCAAUGUGACCCAGACGAUGACGCUGUUGCCCGGCGCGUCGACCGUGAAGGGCCGCGGGUCCAUGGACACCAGACCGACGCUGCAGAACAAGCUGAUCCAGAAAGAUCAGAACAAGAAGUCGCAGAGCUACAAGGUGGAGUCCGUGUCGGGAGGGGCCAUCAUGGACAUGCACAACUUCUCCCUGGAGACCAAGAGGGAGAUGGAGUAUGGGCCGUGUCGGCGGGAGAUGGAGAGCAUCCUGAACAGUCUGAAGAUCAGCAACGUGCUCAACCCGAGAGGCUUCCGCAUUCCCAACUGUGACAGAAAGGGCUUCUACAAGAAAAAACAGUGCCGUCCAUCCAAAGGCAGGAGGCGGGGCUACUGCUGGUGUGUGGACAAAUACGGGCAGCCUCUGCCGGGCUUGGACGGCAGGGAGCGGGGCGGGACGCAGUGCUACAACCUGGAGAGCAAAUGAGAGGACGGACGUCGAGUGGACGGAGAGAGAAGGACAGCAAAU